AUGGGAACCAAUGGCCUAGGGGAAAUGAAUGAGAAUUGUGAACUCUUCACAGACUUUUGUGCCUCAAAUGAGCUUACUAUCGGCGGUACACUUCCCCCCCCCCCACCAGAUGAUCAUACCGAAAACCAGAUUGAUCAUGUCGCGGUACGGCGUCGUUGGAGGGCCUCACUGCAGGAUGUGAGAACAAAGCGAGUAGCCGACAUAGGAUCUGAUCACCGCUUGGUUGUUGCUAAAUUGAAAAUGAAGCUAAAAGCGAAGAAGAGGCAACAUGAAAUUGAUCCACGCAGAAGAUUUGAUGCAAGUAAACUUAAGACACAAGAUAACUUGACAAAUUGUCAGGUCACCCUAAAAAAUUGGUUUGAAGCUCUACACACAGAAGAAAAAGAUUUUGAUUCAGUUGAACACACCUGCGAAAUAUUUAAGCAAGCCACUAUCGAAGCCUGCAAAGAGGCUCUAGUAAGAGGAAGCCCUGGAUCACAGACGAUACAUGGCAGAAGGAGGACAAAAAAAAGAGCCUAA